AUGUCGACCCAAGUCGUGAGCGACACAGCGCCUCUUGAUCCUGGGAUUUCACCUCCUCGGGAAUCAGGACACAGCUCCGACCAUGAACCAACUACGCAUGCAGCAGACCUGGCCCCUAAUCAACAUGGCAACAAUGUCAAGGACCAAAUCGAAUGUGCAAAGUCAACGGCGCCGGUCUUUUUGAAUUCACCUCCCGAGAGCAACAACACGAUCAAGUCCGAUGCGAGCGACUCGGAGCUAAGCGAAUUGGAAGAGGAACCAAUUCUCGACGACGCACCAUCUGCAACGACACCUGACCCUCCGACGGUGACUGCACCCGCACCAGCGCCUACCGACAAUGCCCAAGAAAAAGAACCACAGCAAGAAAAAGAGGAGGAAGAGGAAGAUAUUGGGGAGGUGCUUCCAGAUGACUGGUCUGGGGCAGUACCCAUCUUUCGUCCGACAUGGCAUCAGUUCAAAGAUUUCCAGAAAUUCAUGAAAAAGGUUGACCGCUACGGUAUGAAAUCUGGUAUUAUCAAGAUCAUUCCCCCGAAAGAAUGGAAAGACGCCCAGCCGCCGUUGGACGAUCUGGUGAAGCACAUACGAGUUCGAGAACCCAUCAAGCAAGAUAUAAUGGGAUCCAACGGUACAUACCGACAAGUUAACAUCCUGCAUGGUCGAUCCUACAACGUUCCACAAUGGCGACAACUAUGCGAACAGAGUGAACACCAGCCACCCGCCCGGCGUGGUGAGCGUCGAGCCAAUGCCGAUAAACCCAAACCAGCAAGGGCAAAACCUUCUGCCCCUAAAGAGACUAAACCAACAACGCCAAAGAAGCGUGGUAGGGGACGGCCUGCUAAGAACAAGGGAAAGAAGAAGUCUGUUGAUGAAGACGAACGUCCCAUGACCCCAGUCUCACCAAAACCGGAACCAGACGAGGAAAAAGACAAGCCCGUCGACUCAAUCGAACAAGAACUCGGCGAAGAAUGCAUAGACUGCGAUGAGCCUACUGUAGGAAGAAUGGGUGGUCGAAUGGGCGGUGCGAAACCGGCCAAACCGAAGACACAGUCCGUUUCAGCUCGCCGCAAGUACAGCCGACGAGAAGGGUCUGCAAUGAUUGAUGAGGCAGCUUUCAAGGAUUUCGAUUACCGCAUGGAUAUUUCAGAAUAUACGCCGGAGCGGUGCGAGGAACUGGAGCGAGCGUAUUGGAAGACUCUGACCUAUGCCGCGCCAUUGUACGGGGCUGACAUGAUGGGCACUCUUUUCGAUGACCGAACCGAGAAUUGGAAUCUUAACAAGCUUCCUAACCUACUAGAUGUCCUUGGUACCAAGAUCCCCGGUGUCAACACGGCAUACCUGUACCUAGGCAUGUGGAAAGCGACCUUCGCCUGGCAUCUUGAAGACGUGGAUCUUUACAGCAUCAACUAUCUUCACUUUGGUGCACCCAAGCAGUGGUAUAGCAUUUCUCAGGCCGACGCUCGUCGAUUUGAAGGCGCUAUGAAGAGCGUGUGGCCAGCUGACGCCAAAGCGUGCAACCAAUUCCUACGACACAAAGGAUUCUUGAUAUCUCCGCAUCACUUGCUGCAGCAUUACGGUAUCAAAGUGAACAAAGUUGUAUCAUACCCCGGCGAGUUUGUCGUUACAUAUCCUUACGGCUACCAUUCUGGUUAUAAUCUCGGAUACAACUGUGCCGAGGCUGUCAAUUUUGCACUGGACACUUGGCUGGAGAUGGGCAAGAUCGCCAAGAGAUGUGAAUGCGCACAGGCACAAGACAGUGUCUGGAUUAAUGUGCACGAAAUCGAGAGAAAGCUUCGCGGAGAAGAAACAGAAUAUGAAGAAACCGACGACGACGACGAAGACGACGAAGACGAGGAUCUAUCGGGCUUGCCCACACCGCCAGCCAGUCACGGAGUCAAGUUUAAGGAUGGAAGUAGGAAGCGGAAACGAGGAUCCGGUGAAAAGAAGACCAAGGCCAAGAGAAUUAGACUCCGGCUCAAGACUAAAGCGGAACCGCCUUGCUGUCUCUGUCCCAAUGACAGUUCCCAUUUCGACGUACUCCCUACUGACGACGGUCGAAAAGCUCACAAGCUGUGCGCGCUCUAUAUCCCGGAAACAUAUGUCGAUUCCGUCGACGGCAAAGACGUCAUCUGCAAUGUUGCAAGUGUGCAUAAGGAUCGACUGAACUUAAAGUGCCUAUUUUGCCGUUCCAGACGUGGCGCUUGUUUCCAAUGCUCUCAUCAAAAAUGCGCACGGGCAUACCAUGCCACAUGUGCGGCAGCAGCUGGCGUUUUUGUCGAGGAUCAGGAUAUCCCGGUGUUCGAUGAAGAGGGUGUCGAGUAUAAGGAGCAAGCUUUCGAGUUUAGUUGCAGAUUCCAUCGAGUUAGACGAGAUAAGAAGACCGAUGGUGCUGCUUUAGAGCUGGAUACAAAUAUUCGUGCCGCAGCCAAAGAACUCAAGGCUGGUGAAGUUUGCCAGCUACAGUAUCUCAAGGGUGAGAUAUUUGCUGGUAUCGUGGUUGAAAAUCGCCAACAGGAGGAGAUGCUGUUGGUCGAUGUGUUGCCACAUGGGGACCGCUUGGAGGUUGAGUGGAAGUGGUUGGUACUACCAGACGCUGCGGACUACCAUCUUCCAAAGGCAUCAGCAAAGGCACUACCGAUGCCCAAGUCUCGCAAGGCUAAGGAUAAGCUCAACACCAAGAGACUUGAUGCCGACAAGCCCAGAAAGGACGACAUUUUUGCAGAUGGAUACACAUGGGGCGAGUUUGAGCUUUAUGAAGUAUCAAACAAGGAGCAGGCUAAAGUCGACUUCACAAAGCCCGAUCAGAUCUGGUACUAUCUCGGCAAGACAUCGACAGAGGCAAGGGCGCAGUAUACCGAAGACCCAGCCCUGCAGCGUCACAAUCCAACAGGCAACUUCUUAGAUACGAUACCCAAGCCUCCUAGACCAACCCAUGUUGCGAAACAGAUGUAUAAUCACCAGUCAUAUGUCGCCAAAGCCAUGGCAUACUCGUAUAGUCUUGCGGACAACUAUGCUGCAGCACAGGGAGGCGCUCCGUUUGAGAAACCGUAUGUCUACAAGCCAAGAAAGCCAGUUGAAACGGUUUCCACCACGCCCCCGACCACCGGGUAUCAACACUUUACAUCGAGCCAUGCACCUUCAGUCGGCCCUGCCUCACUAUUCCACGCAUACGACCAUCAAACGGCGAAUUUUAGACCGCAACACGCUUAUAAUCCCCAUGACCAGACCACACCACACGGGCAACACUCGCAUAACAUGCAAAAUGUGCAAAGCGUACAUAGUGCCCCAAUGUACCAGUCAGCUUCGCAGGCAAUUUCACCAGGCCAUCAGUCCCCUUACCAAAGGCCUUCCCACUCCCCGCCUGUGCAACAAGGCAAACCAACAUGGCAAGUCCAUUCCUCGGUUUAUCAAAAGUAUCCCUUUUUCCAAGUGAACUACAAUCGGGAUUCGUCCAAGUACCGAAGCCCGUACUCUCCAUGGGGUGGCUUCACGGAUGGAUAUGGAGGAUAUCACGGAGCACAUUAUGGAGCACAUCAUGGAGCACAUCAUGGAGCACAUCAUGGAGCACAUCAUGGAGCACAUCAUGGAGCACAUCAUGGAGCACAUCAUGGAGCACAUCACGGAGGAUAUCACGGGGCAUCAUCAAUGGCAACUCAGCACGAUUCAAUGCGACAAUCUCCACCUGGCGCAGCGCAUGCCCACCAAGGACUUGGGCAGCAACAUAUGCUGCAAGAAAGGCAACAAGGACUGCAACAGCCACAACCUACACAGCAACCCAAGUCGAAGCCCGCGACAGCGGCAAAGCCCUUUAAGGUUGGACUUCCCGCCGCUGUUCAUCUUUCACUACAAUCGACUAAGUCAGCUAUGCAGGUCCCGUCAAAGGUUUCUCCAGUACCACUGCCUCCGCAUGUUGUUGCUGCUAUGGCUAAGAGCUCUGAGAAACAAGAAUCACCGAAAAUGAAUCCAAGGGCGAUGUUCAGCCAGCAAGCGGAAACACAGUCGCAUUCGGUAGCUACGACACCGCCGGUUGUCACUCAGGCGUCCACAGACCACUUCCAUCCCGGAUCGCAGCAGCCAAAUUCGGCGCCACAAGCUUGCCCAACUGCUCCUGGUAUUCCGGACCAUUCUGCCGGGGGGGAUUCCGGGGCUGCGCCAAUGGGAUCAACCGCGCAGGAAUUCACCGAUGUACCAGGUUCAGAAUCCAUGCAGUUUGUCGAACGGAUGAUGCAGAACUUGCGUAGGGCGUCCAUGAACGGAGAAACAAAUUAA